GAAAAGACCGUGGAAAGAUUUCUUACUAUGUGAUUCUUCUCAUAACUUUUCUUCUCUGCGCUUUACAAAUUCUCUUUCAUCCCCAAAACUCACUUUUCCUACUAUAUAUAGGAACACCUUUUUUUUAUUUUUUAUCAGCGACAUCACCAAAAAGAAGGUGACAAUACAAAGAUGUUUUACUACGUGAUUCUCCCUUUAGCUCUCCUUGUCAUUGCUUACAAGUUCAUCUUCAGCUCUAAAACGCAGCGUUUCAACCUCCCUCCCUCUCCGCCUCACUCUCUCCCCAUUAUCGGACACCACCGCCUCAUCAAACCGCCUGUCCACCGUCUCUUCCACCGACUCGCCAAAACACACGGCCCAAUCUUCUACCUCCGACUCGGUACCCGCCGUGCCGUCGUCAUCUCUUCUUCCGCACUCGCAAGAGAAUGCUUCACGGGUCAAAACGACAUCGUUGUGUCGAACCGCCCUCGUUUCCUAACCUCUAAAUACAUCGCUUACAACUACACAACCAUCGCAACCACGCCUUACGGUGACCACUGGCGUAACCUACGCAAAAUCUGCUCGCUAGAAAUCGUCUCCUCAAAACGUCUCGCCAACUUCCUCCACAUCCGCAAAGAGGAAAUCCACCGCAUGCUCACGAGACUCUCACGUGACGCCCUCAUCAGCAGUGAGGUCGAGCUCGAGUCGCUCUUCUACGAUCUAACGUUUAACAACAUCGUGAGGAUGGUUACAGGGAAGAUCUACUACGGAGAAGAUGCCAGCGACAAGGCAGAAGCAGACACUUUCAAGAAACUUAUUGCUUAUAUUACAAGUACUAGUGGCGCGAGGCAUCCAGGAGAAUACUUGCCACUCCUUAAGAUAUUUGGAAGGAGUUUCGAGAAGAAAGUGAAAGCUGUUGGAGAAUCCAUGGAUGCGAUCUUGCAACGUUUGCUUGAUGAGUGUAGGGGAAAUAAAGACGGUAACACUAUGGUUAAUCACUUGCUCUCUUUGCAACAACAAGACCCAGAGUAUUACAGUGAAGUCACUAUCAAAGGCCUAAUGCUGGGCAUCAUGUUUGCGGCAUCAGAGACAUCAGCCGUGACAAUAGAGUGGGCGAUGGCGAGUUUGUUGAAUCAACCAGAGUUAUUGGAAAAACUAAAAUCAGAGAUCGAUGAGAAAAUCGGGCAAGACCGUUUGAUCGACGAAACAGACAUUCCAAACCUGCCUUACCUUCAGAACGUAGUGUCGGAGACACUCAGGCUAUACCCAGCAGCACCGCUUCUUGUGCCAAGAUUAACUGUAGAGGACAUCAAGAUCGGAGGAUACGACGUGCCACGUGAAACAAUGGUGAUGGUGAACGCAUGGAGUAUACACAGGGAUCCAGAGCUUUGGACCGAACCAGAGAGGUUUAACCCAGAGAGGUUUAAUGGUGGAGGAGAAGGAGAAAAAGACGAUGUUCGUACGCUCAUAACGUUUGGAAGUGGACGGAGAAUGUGUCCCGGCGCAGGAUUAGCGCUCAAGAUAGUGACGUUGGCGUUAGGAUCGUUGAUUCAAUGCUUUGACUGGGGAAGAGUCAACGGAAAAGAGAUUGAUAUGACCGAAGGUCCAGAGAUGGCAAUGCGUAAGGUGGUGCCGUUACGAGCCAUGUGUCAGCUUCGACCCCUCAUGAAUAAGCUUCUUACCGAGUCAAAGGUUUAGUUCUACUUUCGUGUUUUCUAAUGAAGAAUUUGUUACGCUUUGGUGCGUUUUCUGUAACCGAGACAAUCUCUGUAAUGCGAAUAAAUUCAGAACCUAGUUUUUUUUUAUCAAAGAAAAAAUAUUCAAUACCCCGAACUCUUUAUCUUAAAGAAGAAAUAUUCAAUACCA